ACACUGUUGAAGGUGGACAAGACAAUACUAACUGACUUGUACAUUUUAAAAUUUACAGUAUAUAAACUGUAGGGUCUAUCAGGACCAUAACGCAUUAAAGGAAGUGUAUGUAAGACAACACUGAAAAAUACCCACUUCUAAAAGAUGACGAGUGCCGCUGUCCGGAUGCCUUUUCUUGGCCAAGUAGACCAAGAUAGAAGCGAUUCCGGAUGCAGUAAAAAAUCAUGGCUGGGGAUUAUUAUUAUUGUAAUUGUGGUUGUUGGGAUUGCUGUGAUAAGUGUGGUGUGUCACUUCUUGAGAUUCACUAAGAAACCUCCAGAUAAUUGCUAUAUUAAAGCAGCAGUGGCAGCAGACGCUGGAACUUGUUCUGACAUUGGCAGGGAUAUCUUGUUGAUGAAGAACGGUUCAGUCGUUGAUGCAGCUAUUGCUGCUCUGUUGUGUGUGGGUCUGAUAAAUGCUCACAACAUGGGAAUAGGAGGAGGAGUUGUGUUCACUAUAUACAAUGCAUCUACAGGAAAAGUGGAGGUUAUUGAUGCCAGAGAAACUGCUCCUAUACAGUCUUCAGCAGGCAUGUUUAACAAAUACCCUGAGAAAGCAAAAUCAGGUGUAUUGUCCAUUGCUGUACCAGGAGAAAUCCAUGGUUAUUGGAUGGCACACAAAAGGCAUGGAAGACUAAAAUGGACCGAACUGUUUGAGCCCUGUAUAAAGAUGGCACGUGAUGGUUUUAAAAUAAGUAGUGCCCUGGCUAAUGCCAUCGAAAAGAAAAGGGACAUGAUUCUAAAUGACACCACAUGGUGUGAAGUGUUUUGUAAAUCAAACAAUACCCUCUGGAAGGAAAAUGAUACAAUAAGAUUACUCAAACUAGCUGACACAUAUGAGCAAAUAGCAAAUGGAGGGCCAGAUGUUUUUUACAAUGGGUCUCUGGGCCAGAAAAUAGUAAAGGACAUUAAGGAUGCAGGAGGAAUUAUAACAUCUGAGGAUCUGCAGGGUUAUGAAUCGAGCAUGCAUGAGUAUGCAUUAAACUUUACUGUGAGGAAUUACACAUUUCAUGUCCCUAAUGCUCCAUUUAGUGGACCUGUUCUUGCAAUGAUGAUCAAGAUACUCAAUGGUUACAACAUCUCAAGCAGAAGCUUGCAGACAACAGAGAGUACGAUUUUGACCUAUCAUCGCAUAAUAGAGGCUUUCCGCUUCGCUUACGCCCGGAAGGGUAAACUGGGAGAUCCUCGACAUGUUAAUGUCACUUAUCUCAUUCAAGAGACGAUUUCAGACAAGUUUGCAGACAACAUCAGGAGAAAGAUUGAUGACAUGACCACCAAAUCUGAAAGCUAUUAUGAGCCUGAUUCGUCUUCAUCUUACGACUAUGGGACAUCCCACCUGUCUAUCAUUGCAGAAGAUGGCAGUGCAGUUGCAGUCACCAGCACUAUUAAUGAUCAUUUUGGUUCUCAGGUGAUGUCACCUUCAACAGGCAUCAUCUUUAAUAACCAGAUGCGAGAUUUCAGCUAUCCUGAGAAAGGAAAGAAAAUUAAUAAGAACAACCUCAUUGGGCCAGGUAAAAGGCCACUAUCAUCAAUGUGUCCGACAAUAAUAUUGGAUAACUCACAACCAAAACACAAGCGAGUCAAAAUGGUGGCUGGAGCUUCAGGCGGGCCAAACAUAACCACAGCAACUGCAAUGGUAAUCCUAAAGUACCUGUUUUUUGACAACAACCUGAAGAAAGCCGUCAAUGAACCCAGAGUUCAUAUUGCAUUGGAAAAUAUAACAUAUGUUGAAAACAACUUUGACAGUUUUGAUGAGUUAGUUCUUGGAUUGGAGAGGAAGAAUCAUAAAAUAAUUUGGAAAAAUAUAUCACUGGGAAGAGUUCAGGCAGCUGUUCGAAAGGAUGACAAUUGGCUCUGUGCUGAAUCUGACCACAGGAAAGGCAAAGAUGUCCAUCCUGCAGGAUACUAAGGACUGCGCUGAUCCACACAUUUGUGUUUCAGGGUUUGGAGGGUAUUUUCGUUCCACAAAGUGUCAUUCCAUGAUGCAGUGUCUCGUUCUCUUUCUCUGGAAAUCAUGGUUAUAUGGGAAACCGAGACAGUUUUAGUUUGACAAAUUUAAAAAAGUGCUCAGUUUUAGGCUUAUUUAAUUAUCUGUGUGUGUGUCACAUUGAGGAUGUUGUAUGUUGUAUUGGGGGGACACAUAUCAGAAACCAGACAGAUACGUUAAUGGCUUGAACAGAAAUAUGUCAUAAAUGAACUACAGUGCAAAACAUUCACCAACAUACUUUAUUCAGGUAUGAAAAUGGGUCAGGGGUGAAAAUGGUGAGAAUGAUAUCACCCCUUUAGGGAGGUCUGGGGGCAUGCUCCCCCGCAAGAAAAUUUUGAAAAUUUCAUAUUUUAAACCAUCAAUCUGAUGCAUUUUGAGAUGCAUUUUUUUGCCAACUGUCACUAUAAAAUACAGGACAAAAGGUGGGCUUCAGCAACAAUACGGGUAUGAAUAUACAGUGUAUUAAUUUAAGCCAUUUGUCAAAAUGAUAGCUAAUCUCCUAAUUUAUAAUUUUUAUGCCUACAACAUAUGGUAAGUUUAUUAAUAGUUUGUUAAUUUACAGCUUUACUUUAGUUUUAACACAUUCCUUUAAACAAAACACUUGUGACUCCUGCACUAAGGGUUAAAAACAUUAUCCCCUUCAUAUUAAUCUACUUGUGACAAACUAAACUAAAUCUCCAUUUGUUUUUUACACCUUUAUUGACCUCCGAUAUGAGCCUACCUGCAUUAAAAGUAUGUCCGUGCUUAAAGUUUUACCUCAUCUCUACACAGUCAGAAAACCCGGAGUGGAUCCUAAGCGAAGUGAUUACAGAACGCUUACAGCAACGUUAGAGAGAAGAACUUGAUUUGGCUCCACUCUAGGCUUUGUACCUGUAUACAACUUGUCUUUAUGAAAAGUGAAUUUAAGAAUUUAGCAAUUUACAUUAAUCCGUCGUGCGACGGAGAACUUUAACCCAUGGUCUAACGAUAAACAGAAAAUCCUUCUGUACAAAAUUAUUAUCAACUCACAUUCCUUUCUUCUUCCCCAUGAGAAAGAAAUCACUUAAACUGAGCUGCUGUUGUUUUUUCAUCUUAACCUCUGCCGACCUCACCAGCUUCAGACCCCACUAGCCGUUGAGGGGGCGGGGCGGGCGGGUGACAAGACACUGUGUUGCGGUUUCAAAAUAAAAGCAUGCAAGUUAAAGAUUUUAAAAUCAAAUAUUUUUCUCCUCCGCAGUAUUUAUUUAAAUAAAUUUUUUGGGGGGACAAAUGCGAAUGUCUCCAAUAUUGGAUUGGAUUUUAAUUUGAUUGUGCGAUACGGAUAUGGGUAGAUAGGCAACAUUUUGGUUUGGGAUCAGUUUGGUGGGUUUGCUAUGCAAAGUUACCACAAAUAGUCGACAGCCCUACAGUUUGGCAUUUCAAGGUAAGAUCUCACAUGCCACUAAAAAGCGUUCAUGCUGAUCCGUAAACUGUAUGUUUCAUGAAAAAUAUUAAAUAUUUGUGUUAAUACAAAAGGACAGCAAGAGCUUUAUUUAUGGAAAUUUAAGCAUAGCGACUGCUGACAACUAUUGCAUUUCUAAGAUGGACAAUAACUUAAUAGGCGUAGUUAAAAAUAUUAUUUUCUAAAUAAACAUGAAAUAGGAGAAUUGUCUAAGCCAUAAUUGAGUUCAUUUUUAAAUGACUAAGAGCUGGUUUUAAUGUGACAGCGCCUCAUUUUCAAAGUGAAAGUGAUUUAUUUUUAUUCAGGUUUGCAACGGAGGUUUUGCCCAAAAUAGUAAUUAUAAACUCUAUAUCAGAUUGUUUUUAACAUAUCCUAAUAGAAUGUCUGUUUUAUAUUUACGUUUGAGUAUUGUUGUGUUUAAAUAUUGUUGUAAUGUUGUUAAUGUUUUGUUUUAAUUUAAUUCGAUUAUUAAGACUCUAAUUUUAAACGCCAUAUAUUGAGCGUUGUAAUGGAUUAAAGGGUAAUAUGACAUAAUUUUCGAGUUAAA